AUGAUAUUUUUUAUAAUGCUAAUUAUUUUUUUUAAAAUAAUAAAUGGUAUUAUAUUAACUAAUAUAUCAUUUGAUAACUAUUAUGAUAACAAAAGACAAAAAAAAGCAAUUUUAAGAGAUGAAUCAAAAAUUUGGAGAGAAAAAGAAAUACAAUAUUAUGUCCAUCCAGCACUUGAUCAUACUUUAAUUAAAGUAGCACUCAGUAGAAUAUCAAAAGAAACAUGUUUUUUUUUUCGUUAUGAAACAAGAUAUAAAAAUUCACUUUUUGUUUAUUUGCCUGGUAAAUAUUAUGAAACAAAUUUAGGAAGAGGAAGAGAAAUUCCUCAUAAAAUUUUUGUACCAAAAUAUUUACAAGAUAUUGGUAAAGUUAUACGAGAAACAAUGAGAGCAUUAGGAAUUGAAUAUGAACAUAAUAGACCUGAUAGAAAUAUGUUUGUUGUAAUUUUUUUUGAUAGUAUAAAGCCUGAUUUUUUAGAAUAUUUCAAAAAAAAAUCAUUUGAUGAAACAAGAACAUAUGGUAUAGAAUAUAAUUAUAGGUCAAUAAUGCAUUUUUCACCACAUGAAUAUUCAAAGAGAUUUCGAAAAGCAUUAUUUUCUAAAGAUCGUUUAAUGGAAUCAUCAAUUGGUUUGUCUAAAUAUCUUACUUUUGGUGAUGCUAAACUUUUAAAUAAAAAAUAUUGUUCAUUUCCACAAAUCUUUUACCCCAAUUGUUUUAAUAGAGGAUAUCAGCAUCCUAGAAGUCCUAAUACAUGUAAAUGUUUGCCAUUUUUUAUAGGCAAUCGAUGUGAAGGAAUAAUGCAAAAUGGCCAUUCAUGUUCACAAAAUAAUUUUUAUACUGUAAGGCCACAAGAAUCAAUAACUUAUCUUAAUGUUGGUGGAAAAUGUUUUUAUCUUAUAAGAAGCAAUUCUGGUAAAAAAAUUAAAAUAAAGAUUAAAUUUUUUAACGUUGAUCCAUAUUAUAAUAUAAAAUGUACUGUAGGAAACAGUGUAGAAAUUAGAAUUAAAAGUUUAUUUGUUGAUGGAAUUUUAUUUUGUCCCAGUCGGGGGCAAUUAGAUUUUAUAUCAACAAGAGAUAUGGUUGCAAUUAUAUCAAAUUUCCCACCAUCAAACAUUCAAUUAAAAGUAACGUAUUCUGAAGCAUAA